AUGCAGCCCAACACUUACUGUAGGAAUGACAAUUUACCACAUUCUCGUUCAUAUGCACCACUUAUGCAAAUACCAGCAUAUCUUUUGCAGUAUUUGUUAAUACAAAUGAAGUCCUCCGGGAAAAAUGAAGCAAAGAAUUGCUCACAAUACGAUGUUAAACACAGAAAUGAAGUAGCCAAGAUGGGCAGUGCAGUAAGCAAUCAUCAUCAAAUUACUGCUGUCGCUGCAGGAAGAGUACUUUCAACAGCUGCAGUAACAAAAACGCUUUCAGAAAAAACCGCUUCAAAACAAAUUGAUAAACAACUGCAAAAGGAAAAAUUGAAGAACAUGAAUAUUUUUAAAAUCUUAUUGUUAGGAAAGUUUUGA